GAUAGUUAACACACACACAUCAACUCUCCUCUUCCCUCGCAUAUCACCCCCUUUCCAUUGUCGAUCGCGUGCUAUCUCUUCUAAACAUCCCAAAUCCAUACAAACGCUAAUAAUGAAAUUCACCACUGCCACACUUGGCCUUGUCGCUACGCUGGCCACUUUCUCUUCGGCGAAUGCCGCACUUUCGUCCUGCUCCAAGAACAUUGCGCUCCAGCUGACCAAUAUCUACGAGAAUGGCGAUACUGACUUCCACUACGACUACUGCGAGAACCUCAAUGAUGGUCGCGGCUACACUGCUGGUAUUGCUGGCUUCUGCUCUGGCACCUCGGAUGCCUGGGUCGUGAUCCAGCAGUACCACAAGCUGACCGGCGGUAAGGACGAAUUCAGCAAGUACGACGAGGUUAUGAAGGAGCUGGACAAGACAAACAGUGGCUCGGUCGCUGGCUUGGACGGCUACUGCUCGGUGUGGGAGAAGCUGGGCAAGUCUGAUGCCAAGUUCCGCUGUGCACAGAACUCUAUCCGUGAUAGCAUGUACCUCAACCCGUCGCAGGUGAUUGCUGACAAGCUGGGCGCCAAGCUCGACGUGACCCGCGCUCAGCUGUACGACACGAUCAUUCAGCAUGGCGAAGGUACUGACCCUGACUCAAUUGAUGCUCUCAUCGAGAGGACCAGUGCGUCGUUCAAGGCUAACGCCUGGGGCUUUUCGGGCAGCCUGCUCAAGAUCAACGGCCACCAUGUUGACGAAAUCGUCUGGCUGAAGAAGUUCCUGGAGGUGCGCAUGGACGAUCUGAUGAACCCGUACAACAAGGAGACGCAGGAGGAGUGGUCGGAGAGUGUCUCUCGUGUCAAGUCGUACCAGUAUGUUGUGGCCAAGAGGCAGUACAGGUGGGGCAAGUCGAUCAAGGCCCUUGACAACGACGGCGUGGUCACCACUAUUAAGUGUUAGAAGGCGACACAGCAUGAAUAGAUUUAAUGUCCUUAGUACACUACCACGUAUUGCUCUAUACCGUACCAUAAAUCAAUCCAGC